UUGCCCCCUAUAGGUUGCAAUUAAUAUUGAACUUGGACAUAGUUUUUUUUUCUUGCCUGUAAUGUUUUUUUCAAGAAACGAAUCUUAAAAGUAAACUCACUGAUAACAGAAGUAAUUAAGACAACAGAAGCACCAAUGCGCGUUGUGGGGCUUAUAUGACAAAGAAGUCUGAGAGUCUAGUCUACACUGUUGUAACUCUUACUGUGGGAUGGACUAAGCACUCCCUGCCCUAUAAAAGAAAUGGAAGUGGCCGUUCUACUAUUUAGAACCUAUUAGGAGGUUAAGCGACUAUUUUGGAUUGCUCCAGCCUUAGCACAAUGCCGGAGACAACAAGUUUUAUGGAACAUGAAGGCCUGUUGCUGUCAGCUGAUGAGGUCGUAACUCCCAUAAAUCGACUAAUGCUCAAGAUUCAGAAAACUGUUUCAAUGGCGGUAACACAGGCCCGUCAGAGAAUUCUGCAAGGCUUUGUGGUGUUUUCUGUCACUUUCUUCUUACUUUGGAUUGCAGCCUUUUUAUAUGGAAGCUUCUACUACUCUUACAUGCCCAAAGCAGCUUAUUCUACCCCUGUGCACUAUUAUUACAGGUUUUAUCCAUUUAGAACAGACUGUGAAUCUCCAGAUUCUUUCAUGUGCUCAUACCCUGUGGCAAACAUCUCUUUAAUGAAGAACAAGAAGCAUGUCUUAACAUUUGGGCAAGCCUAUCGACUAUCUCUGCAGCUGGAAAUGCCUGAGUCUCCAGUCAAUCAGGACCUUGGGAUGUUUAUGGUUAGAGCUACUUGUUUUUCACAAGAUGGAGGGCAGGUUGCCUCAUCUUCCCGUGCUCUGUCUGCCUCCAGUUCCCAUUUUGGAAUCCUGCGAUACCGAUCAGAAUUGGUAAGGACUUUGGAGACACUCCUUCUACUUCCUGCAUUUUUGACAGCAACCACUGAGCAGAAACAGGUGCUUGAGGUGGAGCUCUUCUCAGAAUACACCGAUGACCCAUACGCUCCCUCAGAUACUGCCAUUAUUGAGAUCUUGUCCAACAAGGUGCAGAUCUACUCCUCUCGGCUUCUCAUUCAUGCUCACUUCACUGGUUUAAGAUAUUUGCUGUUUAACUUCCCACUCAUCUCAGCAGUGGUGGGUGUCUCCAGUAACUUUAUCUUUCUAAGUGCUCUUUUUGUCUUAAGUUAUAUGAGACAGAUGUUGAAACUGAGGCAAAAACCUGAGGAGCUUACAUCCAACAGUCUACCAGCACUGCAGUGAGCGGGAGAGGAAGAAUGUAGUAGAGAUAAGAAAAUACGUAUUAAAAAUUUUGUGUUUCUAAUAUUAGAUUUCAUGUUACAUACAUUUAUAAAACAAUGCAUUUUUUCAGGUUCAACUGAGCAAAUAGACAGAAACAUACAUAGCAUUGUUGUUUUCCUUCUGUAUAUUUUUAAUCCUAAUGUUAUCGUAAUCUUGUAUUUUUUUUUCUUGUAUUUUUUUUCUCCCAAUUGAAAUUGCAGUUUUCUGUACUAUAGUGCUAUAAAACU